GGGCCAGUCAUCCUCAUCUCCACCCUCCCACCCUCCUCCUCCUCCUCCAGCUCCAGCUCUUCCCCCUCACACCCCCGAGCAAACCUCAUGACCUGCGGCUUCCACAUGGCCCUCCAACACGACCCUCCCCUAAUCGCGCUCUCCCUUGGAGAAUGGGAUCAUUCCUUCUCCGCCCUGAAACAGACGGGGGAAUGCGUCGUUUCCGUCCCCGGGGUGGACCUCGCCCAACAAGUAGUGGAUAUCGGGAACUGCUCUGGUGCACAGGUGGAUAAGUGGUCCAAGUUCGGUCUUACUCCUCUGCCUGCCGAGGUGGUCAGCCCUCCUCUCGUAGGAGAGGCACUGGCGAACAUCGAGUGCCGAGUCAAGGACAGGACUUUGGUGCGCAAGUACAGCCUCUGGGUGCUGGAGCCUGUCCGGGCGUGGAUCAAUGACCAGAGGGAGGAGAAGAGGACGUUUCAUCAUCUGGGGGAUGGGAGGUUUGUGGUCGAUGGGGAGAGACUGGAUAUGAGGGAACGGAUGACGAUGUGGAAAUAUCUUCAGGAUUAGCGCGUGGGGGACGACGGGGGAGAAAUACAACAACCUAUGCAAACCGUGUAUGAUGCCGAUGCGAAUCUAAU